CAUAUGACCAAUGAGAUCUAUUAUCACAAUUGACAGUGAUCGAGAAACUUUUGAUAUUUUUCAGCUGAUUAUUUUGAAUUUUCCGAAUCGUCUAUAUUACACAUAUACAUAUAUAAUAUGAUAGCCUGCAAAAAUCUCUGCAUAAAUAUUAUGAAAGAAAGGCAGAUGCUAAAUAGAUAUCUAAAAACUGUUGUAACCAAAUGCAAUUAUUCAAGAACGGCGAACUCAUCUUCGGAAAACGAUGAGAAGACGACACAUUUCGGUUUUCAAACGGUCAAGGAAAGUGAAAAAAUGAAGGAAGUGUAUACUGUAUUUGAAAAUGUUGCCAAUCAUUACGACAUAAUGAAUGAUGCAAUGAGUAUGGGUAUCCAUCGUAUUUGGAAAGAUAUCUUUGUACAAGAAUUAGGACCGACUCAUGGUACCCAUCUCUUGGAUUCUGCCGGUGGCACAGGCGACAUUACUUUUCGGUAUAUGAACUUUUUAAAGAGUACACCAAAUCCACAAGCUAUACAUAGCCAUGUAACUGUGUGCGAUAUUAAUCAACAUAUGCUAGACGUUGGGAAAGAACGAGCAAAUAGGCUAGGUUUGUCACAGGACAGUAAUUGCAGUAUUACUUGGAAGCAAGAGAAUGCAGAAAAUCUCUCUUUUCUCGAGGAAUCUUUCACCGCUUAUACCAUAGCGUUUGGAAUAAGGAAUGUAACACAUAUUGACAAGGUAUUGUCGGAGGCAUACAGAGUUUUACAGCCAGGAGGAAGAUUUUUAUGCCUGGAAUUUAGCCAUGUCAAUAGUGGAACUUUACAAUGGCUGUAUGAUCAAUAUUCUUUUCAAAUAAUACCUGUGAUGGGACAAUUGAUCACAGGGCAAUGGAAAGCCUAUCAGUAUCUUGUAGAAAGCAUAAGAAGAUUUCCAAAACAAGAAGAUUUCAAAGACAUGAUCGAGACUGCUGGAUUUAGAAAUGUGACUUAUAAAAAUCUAACUUGUGGUGUAGUAGCUAUCCAUUCAGGCUUUAAACUAUAAAUAAAAUAGUUUGUUAAUGGAAAAAAAAAAGGAAAACGAAGAAACAAUAUUAUAAUAUAUCAAAGGUGAAGAAGGGAAACAAAUACUGGCUAAUUUCUUCAGAGGAAGAUACAACCGAAUUUGUGUUCUGCAAGAUAGCAGAAAAUUUUUAAGCAUAAAAUUGUAUCGAGAUAAGAGAGUUCGAAGACGCAAUAUAUGGAAAUUACAGCGAGAUAUGAAAUAGAUUAUGAGGGUGCGAAGAACGCGAAAGAAGGAAGCUUCGACAUGUCGACGGAGACGACCCAGUGAGAGAAGCCUAUCGUAUCGUGUCAACAACGACAACGACGCGCAUCGAAGGCCGUCGUGGCGAGGGGGAAUUCAUUCUGCGUGGCGUAAUAUCUACAUGCGUCAUGCGGUAUGCUUUCUCUCUAGGAGGUGAAAAUUCUUAACUUUCUUCGACUAUAGAAACAUUCCUAUCUAUCUAUGUAUCUACCUCGGUACCGAUGAUGCUUUGCCGCACUCUUACAGCUUUUCAGCUCUUAUUCGUCUGUUAUUGACGCGUCUCUCCCUUGCCUCUCGGAGGUAUGUUACUGGCGCUUACAGUGAUUUCCCUUUGAUCAAUAUCGCGCGAUACAUUAUAUUUUUCACGAUAAAUUAGAUUUACGGUUUUUUUAUUUUUACAGUUCAUGUUCCCUUUUAGAGAUACAUGCAUUCCCUGAGCGUAUUUCUCUCUGGGAAUCUUUCGAUAAAUUAUUCGCAACAUAUGCAACAUAUAUUGUAUAUAUAUGUAGUGCUACGAUAUUAGCAGUUAAUAUAAUAUUAUACCUUCGAAAAGAAAAAUAUUUUAUAUCGUAAAAUAAUUGAAACUCUUAUAAACGGAGAUAUAAUUUACCGAGUGAGAUGAAUUAGAUAGUUCUUAAAGCGGAAGAAAUCGAGCGAAGAUGCAAAGACUAUUCUCGCGAUGCAGCUUCUUGUUGCAUAUAUCGAUUUUCCUGACCCCGAUGAUCUCGC